AUAAAAGAUACUUAAAUAUGUUUGAGGUGAGUGAAUGAGCCCUUGGAGAAAGCUUGAAUUUGCUCAGAGUUAGGUUACAUGCAUUUUGCCUGAUAUUCAAGUCAUGCCAUAAAAGAAGCACAACUACAUCUUGUCUGAUGCUUGCUACACUACAAUUGAUAAUCAUACUGUAACUUAGCUUGUAAUGGUAGCAAAUGUAUCAAAAAGUUGUACUGAAAUAUAAUAAAACCUUCAUGUUCCAAGAAACACAAUGUUCUUGUUCUCCAAUAAAACAGUUACCCCAGCAAGGGCCAUUGCAAAGUCAAAUGUCUAUUUGCUAAAGCCUGGUAGCUCGGCACAGGAGCACUUUGAAAAAUUGGUCAACCUCUUAGAACAAUAUUACCAUCCUUCUAAUGGUGGUCGUUGGACUUAUGCAUUAGAACGUUUUCUGCUCUAUUUGGUAGUUUCAUUCCAGAAGCGCCUACAGCAUGAACAACUAAAACAUAGGUAAAAAUAUUCAGGGUGACCAGUAUCUAGGAAGAUCAGAAAGGAUUUUCUUUGUCAAUGUGGUGCUUAAGUAAUUGAUCGUGGUCAAUAUAGCAAGAAUGAACAUCUUUCUGAGACA